GCUCGAGGCACUCUUCCGGUCUCGUCCUCUCUCCCUCCCUCCCUCUUGACACCGCUCCGGUUAAACCGGUGACCGCGGUAUCAUUCCACCAGAGCCACUUCAUCCCCCCCUGGCGCUCCCAUCCACCUGUCCCUCCCUCCCCUCCUGCGAGCGUGGAAAUAAGACGGUUUGGUUUUUUUUUUUAGUUUUUGUGUUUUUGUAACGCACGAAGAAAAACCGAGCAUGGCAAGCAGCUUCUCCAGGAUCCUGUCCUCCAGACGAAACGUCGGGAUCCUGUCGUUGGUGGGAGGCUCCGUAGCGGCGGGAUUUCUGCUCCACCGGGACCAUGUCAGCGCCGGGGUGCCCGUCCGCAGGAGUUACCCCGCCAGUGCGGAGUACCCUGACCUGCGCAAACACAACAACUGCAUGGCCAGUAACCUGACACCGGCCAUCUAUGCCAGGCUGUGCGAUAAGGCCACUCCCAACGGCUACACGCUGGACCAGGCCAUCCAGACAGGCGUGGACAACCCGGGGCACCCCUUCAUCAAGACCGUUGGCAUGGUGGCGGGAGACGAGGAGACUUACGAGGUAUUUGCAGACCUGCUGGACCCUGUCAUUAAAGAGAGGCACAACGGCUACGACCCCCGCGUCAUGAAGCACCCCACCGACCUGGACGCCAGCAAGAUCCACUCGGGCCAAUUUGACGAGCGCUACGUGCUGUCCUCCAGGGUGAGGACGGGCCGCAGUAUCCGGGGGCUGAGCCUGCCCCCCGCCUGCACCCGGGCAGAGCGCAGGGAGGUGGAGAGGGUGGUGGUGGAUGCCCUCGCCGGCCUGAAGGAGGACCUGGCUGGGAGAUACUACAGCCUCACCCAGAUGACAGACAAGGAGCAGCAACAGCUCAUUGAUGACCACUUCCUGUUUGACAAGCCUGUAUCGCCCCUCCUGACGUGUGCAGGCAUGGCUCGUGACUGGCCAGAUGCCCGUGGUAUUUGGCACAACAACGAGAAGACGUUCCUGAUCUGGGUCAAUGAGGAGGAUCACACCAGGGUCAUCUCCAUGGAGAAGGGAGGCAACAUGAAGAGAGUCUUUGAGAGGUUCUGCAGAGGCCUGAAGGAGGUGGAGCGUCUGAUCCAGGAGAGGGGCUGGGAGUUCAUGUGGAACGAGAGGCUCGGUUACAUCCUCACCUGCCCCUCCAACCUGGGCACGGGGCUCAGGGCUGGGGUCCACGUCAAACUGCCCCUGCUGAGCAAGGAUCCCCGCUUGAGUAAGAUCCUGGAAAACCUGCGUCUGCAGAAGCGGGGCACAGGCGGUGUAGACACCGCUGCUGUGGGUGGUGUGUUCGACAUCUCCAACCUGGACCGCCUGGGACAGUCUGAGGUCCAGUUGGUGCAGACAGUGGUUGAUGGCGUCAACUACCUGAUUGAGUGUGAGAAGAGACUGGAAAGAGGCCAGGACAUCAAGGUGCCCCCGCUCAUCAAGCAGUUCAAGUAGACACCGUUCCCUGACCUCUGAGCACAACGCUCUGGGCACACACACAUGCACAAACACCCUGCUCUGUGCCCAUAGAUAUGAUAAAUAUCUAUGUCAUUGCCUCGUUUAUUACUACUACUUAUCUAAUCACCCCUCCCUGCACAGUGUACUUCUCUAUAAUAUAAUCUAGAUAUAUUAUACGCAGCUGUCUGGCUAAACCCAACCAGAGCCCCAGAAUACUGCAUUGGGCUUAAGUGUUUUUCAGAUGCAUCCCAAGGGUUUUUAAGGGUAAAAUUCAAAUCUGGCUAUAAAACGGAUGCAAAGAUUAAUGAAGGAUGCAGAAACGGUAGGCUGUUGUAGCGGAACAAAGAUGGCCGCCAGUUUCCCCGCCUCGGCAUGGCCAAACAGUAUCUAUGGCUCUGCUCCCAAACCACUCCUCAGCCCACCGAAACCUGGCUUUACCCUGCCUCAGUCCGUCCCCGCUGCAUGUCCUAUACUCAGCCUGUCUCUGUCUCUUCCCCUUCACUCCUGUGUGUUGCUCGGUCGUGUCUGUCAUCUGGCGAAUGUUAGAAUCCAUCCAUUUCUGCUAUACGCUCCAUUGUGGAAUGUGUGUACAUAGUUUCUUUUAACUAUUUUCAGUGGAUUUGACAGUAAAUUAUCAGCGUGAGACUGAAGAGGCUCGUGGAUUUUGUGUGUUCGAUGGCACACCGGUGUCAGAUUGUAAUGUUAUACUGUACCACAGGCUAUAUGGGCUGGGUUCCGUACUGUAAGCUACUGAAGCAAUAUCAUUCCAGCUCAUCAGCGAAUGUCAUACUAUAAUGUCUUUUAAUAAAGAAAUCAUCUAUUUAACAGUACCUCCUCCUCCUCUG